AUGACUGCAGGUUCUGCGGCGCAAACACCCGGUUUCUACGGCAGUUUCUCCAGCGGCUUCGGCUGCGACGUCUGUGACUGCCUGUGUUUCGAGAAGAGCCAGCGACCUCAUCCACCCGACAAACCUUUGCCAGAUGAGAGCGGAUUUGCGGACUACCUUUCACCUCCUCCCCCGGUGAGCCCGUACGGCCUGUCCUACUACAGGCCCCCUCCACCGACGCAGGGCUACUACGUGCCUCCACCAGUGCAGAUCUACCCUGCACCGAUGCAGGGCUACUACGCCCCUUCCUACUAUCCCCCUCCCCCUCCUCCGCUGAUGCCCCGUCCUCCCCUGAUUCAACCCUACAAUCCUCCUUUCUUGGGGCGCUACCGUGUGGUCCGUGCGCCAACCUCCGGCCAGCAAGAGCAGCCGUUUGUGAGCACAUUUUUGUACGGUGCGCUGGUGAUCGUCAGCGUGGUGCUCUUCACCCUGUUGAUUGCAACUGUUUUCGCGGUGACAGAUGAGACUGCGUUUGCGAGAUACUUUUCGCCCCCGUCCGUCGCUCCACAUGACCGGGGCAACUACGUGCGCUACGGCUACGACCCUCCUCCUUCACUUCCACCACCACCUCCUCCUCCUCCUCAAGAGCUUCCGCCUCUUCUCCAGCCAGCUCCCUACAAUACCUCGAGAAAAAGUCGCACCAGUAAAACUCAAGCUUUCAGCACCCAUUAG